CUUUCCGUUUAUUUCUAUUUCGUCUAUUGUCAGCACUGCGCUGUCAGCUGAGUGAAUUUAUGUUUUGUUUGGUUUUGUUGGUAGUAAACUAUGCGAACCGGUGAAGGAUUGUUUGGAUACUGCGAUCAGUUGAUCACUGUGUUGUGUAACGUUAUUGUUGACCAUCAAGAAGAACCAUGUAAAUUGCGCACAGUGUAGAUUGUGAACUAGUUAUUAAGUCUUGUCUGGUGCCAAACAUUUGCAAGUGUGUACGAAAUAUUGACAUUAACGGAAAAGCACUGUUGAAAUGGAGGAAACGCUAUGGUACAUGCAGAGAGAUAUCCUGGAAAUCAUAUUUAGUAAUUUGAACGGAGUCUCUCUCAGUAGAGCACAACAAGUGUGUGCAGUAUGGAAUGAAGUUCUGCGUGAUAUGUACGAAAGGACCAGUGUCUGGCAGAAAUGCUGUGAAAAAGAAAUACCAAAUGAGGUUCUUGAAGAAAUCACAAGUAAUUUAUACCCAGGAUGGUCCCACUGUGGUACAGAGACUAACUGGCAUUGUGUUUAUAAAGCAUGGCGCAGGUGGAUGAGGAAGAGAAAGACACCUUGCACUGUAAGAUCUGUUUUCUCAUCCGAGGAGAGACUUGAGUGGGUCACGAGUGUGAAGGCCUCAGGUUCUUGUAUUGUAACUGGGCAUAAGGAUGGCAGCAUCAAAUUUUGGAGUCGAUUCAGUGGCUUUUUGGGAGGAGUAUUCCAUCAUGCACGUGCUGUUACAGAUUUGGGACUUAUGAUAUAUAAUCCAAAAGGUAACUUGUUCAUCCAGAAUACAAAAUGGGAUGUGAGACACAACCUGUUAAUUUCUACCUCUAAGGAUCGUAGUAUCAAAAUUAUUAACUUAGAGACUGGAUUUACAAGCUGGUCACUGACAUGUCAUCUGAUGCAGACCUGUAUGGUGAGAUCUUACAAGGAAAUGUUUGCAGUACUGUCAUUGGAUGAUAUUGUUUCAUUGUGGAAAAUUUGCUCUCUAGAAUUUGACAAGGAGCCACCAUUGUUGAUAGCAACAGUUGCAUUCCAACAGCUGCCAGUGUGUGCCAUCAGUAUCUGGAGGUAUAAGUUUUCAGGACUCAGUGUCGAUGCAAGACGUUUCUGGAGGGACAAAAUAUGUCCAGGCGAUUUGGCAGUACUAGAUGAAGAUUUUGUGCACUUUGAAGGUGUAACUGAGUGCCAGAUGCUCGAAGCACAUGCAUGGAGAGACAAUAUAUACACAUGGAUAACAAGUGGACACACAAUAUAUGUUGCUGUAGACAACAAGGCUGUCCAGUAUAAUACAAUGCAAGAUCUGCGUUCUUAUCCUGUGACAAUAUUACUGUAUGGAAACAUACUUUUCCUUGGAAUGGAAUCAGGGGAUGUAAUUCUUUAUUUCUUUAAGGAUCCAGAAGAUCUGUUGAAUUUGGAUUUAAAAAACCACCACAGACGCUUUUCAUUCCAGCAUAGUCCUGUUUCAGCUCUUGACAUAGUUGAGUACGACACCUGCACUGCAAUAGUAGUAGGAACUUUGAAAAAUGUUUAUUGUGUUAAUCUUGUGUAUUAAGUAUGCACAGCACCUGUAAGCUCAAAGGGACUAUCAGUUCUGUAAUUAUUUUCUCUAUCUGUGAGAAGAUUCAGUGUUCCCUUAAAUUUAUUAGUCAAGAUUGUUUAUUCCAGAAGAAUGUUUUUGUUCUUAAUGUUUUUUUACUGAAUGUGUGUGUGUGUGUGUGUGUGUGUGUGUGUGUGUGUGUGUGCGUGUGUGUGAGAGAGAGAGAGAGAGAGAGAGAGAGAGAGAGAGAGAGAGAGAGAGAAUUUGUGUGUGUUUUAAGGAAAAGUUGUCCUGUUUUUUUUUUUGUUUUUUUUUUAUUAUAAUAUAUAGUAUGGUGCUAAGAAAAUAUGUAAAUACAGAGACCAGCCUAACAGCACAAUAAAAGUAAAAUAAUAUU